CUGUGCAGCAAGCAGGCAUCCAAUUGUAGCUUGGUUAGGCAGACCCUCCCAGUUCAUUCGGAGAAGAAAGGGUAGGACGAGGGCAACAAUGGCGGCGACGGUGGUGAGCAACAAGAGGGUGAUACUGAAGCGGUACGUGACGGGACUUGUCUCGGAGGACGACAUGGAGGUGGUGACGGUGGAGGCACCGCCGCUGGCCGUGCCGGCAGGGUCGAAGACGGUGGUGGUCAAGAACCUGUAUAUCUCAUGCGACCCCUACAUGCGUAACCGGAUGACCUACCACGAGGAGCCUAGCUAUGUUCCGGACUUUGUUCUAGGAGAGGUUUUGGUAAAUUUUGGCGUGAUGAAGGUGAUAUCAUCUGGGCACCAGGAUUUCAAGGCAGGUGAUCUUGUUUGGGGGAUAACCGGAUGGGAAGAAUAUACGGUGAUCAACAAUCCAGAAACACUUUUCAAGAUCAAUCACCCUGAACUUCCUCUGUCCUACUACACUGGUAUUCUGGGAAUGCCAGGGCUUACUGCCUAUGGUGGAUUCUUUGAAGUGGCCAAGCCAAAGAAAGGUGAAUAUGUCUUCAUCUCAUCAGCAUUCGGCGCCGUAGGUCAGAUUGUUGGGCAGCUUGCUAAGAUCACAGGAUGCUACGUGGUUGGUAGUGCUGGUUCUGAUGAAAAGGUCAACUUAUUGAAGACCAAAUUUGGCUUUGACGAUGCUUUCAACUACAAGAAGGAGCUAGACCUCGAGGCAGCCCUAAAGAGGUGUUUUCCAGAUGGUAUCGACAUCUACUUCGAGAAUGUAGGUGGUGCAAUGCUAGACGCAGUGCUACCUAACAUGCGGGUAGCUGGCCGCAUAGCGGCAUGCGGGAUGAUCUCACAGUACAACCUGGAGCAGCCGGAGGGAGUGUAUAACAUGAUUUGCAUCGUCACCAAGCGCCUACGCAUGCAGGGAUUCCUUGUGUUUGACUUCUAUGAUAUGUACUACCAGAUCGAGGAGCAGAUUGCCGGGUACCUGAAGGAAGGGAAGGUGGCAUACACAGAGGAUGUCGUUGAGGGGCUCGACGCUGCGCCGGCAGCACUUGUCAAGCUCUUUACUAGCAGCAGCAUCGGCAAACAGCUCGUUGCCGUCGCACGGGAGUGAUACGGUGCCAUGUUGCUCGGUACGUGAGUUGGCAUUAUUCAGUAGCGUACUUGUUCAAAAUUUAGAUAUAAGGGCUUCCAGUUUAGCUUGUUGGAUUCAGAAAUAAAGAACUGAUAUGUUCAGAACAGUUCGGUUGUGUGUUUGGUAUUGUACUGCGUUAGAAAAUUAAGUACAAUAAUUAUUUCUUUAUUUAUUUUAAAGAACAGGCACAAGACAGUGCCAAUUUCAUUUAAUAAAAGGAGUAAAAAUUUACAAGUGUGCAA